AAUGACAAAAAAACAUUAAUCUUCACUCUUCCGUUAUUUUUUUUGCCACAACAAUAAAUAUUAUUGCUAGUGAUCAAGCUGAAAUAACCACCGGUUUUUUCUUCUCGAAUUCUUUCAUCAUCUGUGAAGAUCUCACAUUAGCAGCUGUUGCAAUUGUUCUCUAGCGGGUAAAGUUUUCAUCAUCUCUAUUUUAUCUAGAAUUCUCUGUUGUUCACCUGACAGGUGAAAUCACCUGGAGGAAAAAAUUGUGACAGAGAAAUCGCAGGCAUGACAGUUAGUAAAUUAUUUCUUCGGUGAUUCAUCGGAUUCUUAGAGACACGUGGCGGGUGAAGUAAUCACUGACAGUUCGAGAACGAAUCAUGGUUAUGAAUGAUCAAUUCACUCUGGAGAAGGCGAAGGCUGUCAUCGAGGCAGGAAGGCGAAAUCCUCGUGUCAGAUAUUCCCUUGUAAUUUUGGAGCAGUGUCUCGACAGGUACAACUGCGACGAGAUAUUCUUGAGCUUCAACGGAGGCAAGGACUGCACAGCUGUUCUCCAUCUUCUUGCAUCAGUUUUUCUUUCACGAGGGAUUCAAUUACUCACGUGUCUUUAUGUCACAGGAGAUCCAUUUCCCGAGGUGGACGCGUUCGUGGAGAAAGCCUCGGAGUACUACAACCUGAAAGUAAUCAGGAUGAAGAAGCCAGUGAUAUCCGCACUGGGUAUUUAUUUAAAUGAGAAUAAAAACUUGAAAGCUGGCAUUCUGGGAGUGAGAAGGGGUGACCCUGGCUCGGAGAAUCUCCAGGCAUUCGAGCCAACGGACACUGACUGGCCCGAGCUCAUGAGAAUUCACCCCAUCCUCGACUGGAGCUAUCGAGACGUCUGGGAAUUUAUUCUGGAGCACAAGGUGCCCUACUGCUCUCUCUAUGACAGGGGAUACACCAGUCUGGGUGAGAGGACGAAGACUUUUCCCAAUCCUCUCCUCCAAUUGCCUGAUUCACCCACUUGCUAUCGCCCUGCCUACACUCUCCUAGAUGACUCCACCGAGAGAGAUGGGAGAGGAUAACGACUGUUUUUUUUAUUUUAGUCGAUUGAUAAAACGGGGGGAAUUCAAAUAGAAAAUUCAAUUUUUCAAUUAUUCAAUGGCGUAUUGACGUUUAUGUUAUUGUGAUUUAUUGCUAAUUUAUUUUGUCACCUCCAUUGCGUGAAUUUUGAAGUAAUAAUUAGAGAAAGAAU